AUGGCCGAGGAGUUGAAGAAAGAGCAGGACACCAGCGCUCACCUGGAGAGGAUGAAGAAGAACCUGGAGGCGACAGUGAAAGACCUUCAGCAACGCCUCGAUGAGGCCGAGAGCCUGGCCAUGAAAGGUGGAAAGAAACAACUCCAAAAGCUGGAAGCCAGGGUGCGAGAACUUGAGAACGAGCUUGAGGCAGAACAAAGACAUGGGUCAGACUCUGUGAAAGGUGUGCGCAGACUUGAGCGCAGGAUUAAGGAGUUGACAUAUCAGUCCGAGGAGGACAAGAAGAACACGAUGAGGCUGCAGGAACUGAUAGACAAACUCCAACUGAAGGUGAAAGCGUACAAGAGGCAGGCCGAAGAAGCUGAAGAGCAAGCAAACACUUAUCUGACUAAGCUGAGGAAGGUGCAGCAUGAGCUGGAGGAGGCCGAAGAGCGAGUCAACAUCGCUGAGUCCCAGAUCAAUAAGAUGAAAGUAAAGAGUCGAGACAGGAGCAAGGCAAAAGAUAGCGGAGAGUAA